CACCCACCCUGACCAAAACGACGGACGCCCCAUCGAUUCUCCAAAAAAUCGACAGCCUCAGUUCACGCCCAAAGGGGCUCUCUCUCGACCUCCAUCUCCUUCACCAUCUGUCACAGCCCCGACAGUCCCGAAAACAGCCUCCUUCUCCUCCUCCUCCUUCUCCUCCACCAUCACCUCCCUCCGCCUUCAACCAGAGGGAUGGACCACCUUUUACUCAUUCAGAGACCCAUUUCCAUCUUCACCCACACUUCCAUUUUCGACUGAGAGACCCGCGGUAGCCACCUCAGUCCGCGCUCCCUAUCUCCGUCCUUAGCCCACACAGCUCAUCCACCGUUCCUCCUAAACCAGGCGCAACCAGGAGCAACAUCAACGCCUACUCCAAAACACCACUACCCAACCCUAUUUUUUUUUCCUUUCUGCCAAAUAGAGCCAUCGAAACCACCCCUGAGCUCCCUCUCUUGAUACCCACCGAACCAGACGCUGAUAGAGUCCCGAAACUUCUCGCUUUACCCCCUCCUAACGCCUCACCUUUCGGAAAGUAGAAAACUCAACUCCAUCUCAGUGUUUCGGUCCACCCUGCGACAGGUGAGAUCUCUAAUCGAAGGACCUAGCAGCAGCACCAAUACAACGCCAUCUCCAUCGACAUAGCAGCCCCAGCUUCCCUCGAUAACGCUGCUCUCAAUUCAGGCUGAUUCCCCUCCUAUACAGCUAAAUCGGAACAACGCCACUACUGUUCCAGUUUUCAUUCGUAUUGGGGCAGAGAAUCAGCUCCUUCAUUCCAGCAACUCCGGAAAUUGAUCUUCAAAGAAAUGGAGAUUGGGCUUGUGGGUAUGUUAAGGGCUGCUUGGAUGGCAGGAAUUAUGCCUAUAGUUAUAGCUUCUUUGCCUUAUUCAAGGCUAGGUUUAUUUCAUGGAGUUGUUUUGGAGUUUGCAAAGAGAGGAAAGAUCAAGCAAUCAUCUUCUCACUAUAAAUUCACUGUUCCUCAAAGAUUCUUCUCUCAUUUCUAUGUGGUGGCUGUGAUUUGGACAACCUUCCUUCUCCUUACCAUGUGGAUAUAUGCCUCAUUGGUGUCUGAGCCAUACUUCUACUCUAAUGUAUCUAGCCACUUGCCAGGGGGUUCUAACAUCUUUCCAUUUCUUAAAUUGCAUUUCAUUUCUACGGAGCGUAGCUGUGAUAGUUGGCUUUCUAUGUUUUUGCUGUUGUUAAUGGAAGUUCAAGUCUUGAGACGCCUUUUGGAGACAAUAUAUGUAUUUAACUACAAUCCCUCAGCUCGGAUGCACAUAUUCGGUUAUCUUGCUGGCUUGUUCUUCUACGUAGCAGCACCUUUGUCGCUUAGUAGUGCUUGUGUAGCUGAUGCAUUUAUAUUUAGUGCGAAUGAAGUUACUCGGUUCAUUUUUAAAGGCAAGGGCUCAAUGCGAGCCACUGAAUUUGAUUGGUGGGACUUUGUGAAUCCUCUUAUGAAGCUUGGCUGGUGCCAGUGGUUUGGUGCUGCUAUAUUCUUUUUUGGUUGGAUUCAUCAGCUUCGUUGCCAUGCAAUUCUUGGCUCACUACGGAAACAUGGAAGAAGAAAUGAUGAAUAUGUGAUCCCUUGUGGUGAUUGGUUCGACAUUGUUUCAUCUCCCCACUAUCUGGCUGAGAUUGUUAUAUAUGCUGGUAUGGUGUUUGCUAGUGAAGGAGCAGAUCUUACCAUUUGGCUCCUUUUUGCAUUUGUGGUGGCAAAUCUAGUAUUUGCGGCAGCAGAAACACACAGGUGGUAUCUUCAUAAAUUUGAUAAUUAUCCAAGCAACCGGUUUGCAAUUAUUCCAUUUAUUUAUUAAUGCAUGUAUGUGGCUGUAUAUUUAAGAGCAUCAUGUGGAGACAAUGGCUAUUGCAAAUUAUAUACAUUUGCUUGGAAACCUUUUCAUGGACAGCAUAUUAGUUAUAGUCAUAAUUUUUCAUAUUGAUGAAAAUUAAAGAUAAUUUCCUUCAUAGAAGCCAAAUGAUGUCAAGUUGUGGAGUUUCUCUCAUUUGGUUAGAUGACAUGAUGAAAUAAUAUGAAAUUUGCGUUCGUUCCUUCA